ACAUUCUCCCCUUAGUGCAUUGGGUAGAGAACAGUGCAUUAUGGGGGAGCUGUUUCGCAGUGAGGAGAUGACUCUGGCCCAGCUCUUUCUCCAGUCUGAGUCCGCCUACUGCUGUGUCAGUGAGCUGGGGGAGAUCGGCAUGGUGCAGUUCAGAGAUUUGAACCCCGAUGUGAACGUUUUCCAGAGGAAGUUUGUGAAUGAAGUCCGUCGGUGUGAGGAGAUGGACCGCAAACUAAGAUUUGUUGAGAAGGAAAUCAAAAAGGCUAACAUACCUGUUGUAGACACAGGGGAGAACCCAGAGGUCCCUUUUCCACGAGACAUGAUUGAUUUGGAGGCCACCUUUGAAAAGCUGGAGAAUGAGCUGAAGGAGAUCAACACCAACCAGGAAGCCCUGAAGAAGAACUUCCUGGAGCUGACUGAGCUUAAGCACAUCCUCAGACGAACACAGCAGUUCUUUGAUGAGGAAUUUCAGCCGCUGGUGAUGAAGUCACACUGCCCUUCCCAAGACCAGUUCUGCAAGAUGGAAGACCCUGCACUUUUGGAAGAGUCGUCAACUCUACUGGAUCCAAAUGAGGUUGGACGUGCCGCUCCUCUUAGGCUUGGGUUUGUUGCAGGGGUGAUUGGCAGAGAAAGGAUUCCCACCUUCGAGAGGAUGCUGUGGAGAGUUUGUCGUGGAAAUGUCUUCCUGCGACAGGCAGACAUCGAGGACCCACUUGAGGACCCUGCCACAGGAGACCAUGUGCACAAGUCUGUGUUCAUCAUUUUCUUCCAGGGAGACCAGCUGAAAAACAGAGUCAAGAAGAUUUGUGAAGGGUUUCGGGCAUCUCUGUACCCCUGUCCUGAGACCCCUCAAGAGAGGAAGGAAAUGGCAGCUGGAGUCAACACUCGAAUUGAUGAUCUCCAGAUGGUGCUGAAUCAGACGGAGGAUCACAGGCAGCGUGUUUUGCAGGCGGCUGCCAAGACUGUCCGAGUAUGGUUCAUCAAGGUCCGGAAGAUGAAAGCCAUUUAUCACACUCUGAACCUCUGCAACAUCGAUGUCACUCAGAAGUGUCUAAUCGCUGAGAUAUGGUGCCCUGUGUCCGAUCUAGACUCCAUUCAGUUUGCUCUGCGUCGAGGCACGGAGAGAAGUGGAUCCACUGUUCCCUCCAUCCUAAACAGAAUGCAGACCAAACAGACCCCACCCACCUACAACAAAACCAAUAAGUUCACCUCUGGCUUUCAGAGCAUCGUUGAUGCCUACGGCAUCAGCAACUACCGGGAAAUCAACCCAGCUCCAUACACCAUCAUCACCUUCCCCUUCCUGUUUGCGGUCAUGUUUGGCGAUCUGGGUCAUGGUAUACUCAUGACCUGUGCUGCACUUUACUUGGUACUGCGAGAGAGCCGAUUAAUUGCCCAGAAAAACGACAAUGAGAUGUUUAACAUGGUUUUUGCGGGCCGUUACAUUAUUCUCCUGAUGGGAAUAUUUUCAGUGUAUACUGGGAUUAUCUACAACGACUGUUUCUCCAAAUCUCUCAAUGUCUUUGGCUCGGGCUGGAGUGUCAGGCCCAUGUUUGGAGAGAGAGGAGGCAACUGGACGCCUACGACACUGAAGGAUAACCACAUAUUACAGCUCGACCCUGCUGUGCCAAAAGUGUUUAGUGGACCCUAUCCAAUUGGCAUUGACCCAAUCUGGAACAUUGCCACCAAUAAGCUGACCUUUCUGAACUCCUUCAAGAUGAAGAUGUCGAUAGUUCUAGGAGUCAUCCACAUGACGUUUGGAGUUACUCUCAGUCUUUUCAAUCACCUGUACUUCAAAAAACCUCUGAACAUCUACCUGGGUUUUAUUCCUGAGAUCAUCUUCAUGGUCAGUCUAUUUGGCUACCUGGUGCUGCUCAUUUUUUACAAGUGGUUGGCAUAUGAUGCCAAGAGCUCAAAAGAAGCCCCCAGUCUUCUAAUAACCUUCAUCAACAUGUGCCUCUUCAGUUACAACGAUCCCACCAACAAGCCAUUUUACACGGGACAGGUUGUAAUUCAGUGUCUGCUAGUUAUUACAGCUCUCGCCUGUGUACCAUGUAUGCUUAUAGUAAAGACGCUAGUAAUGCGCAGGCAAUAUCUCUGGAGAAGACAUCUGGGAACGCAGAACUUUGGGGGAAUCCAUGUGGGCAACGGCCCCACAGAGGAUGAAGCUGAGAUCAUCCAACAUGACCAGCUCUCCCAAAACUUAGAAGAAGAAUCGCCUGAGCAGUCAGAGGAGGAAGUGUUUAAUUUUGCAGAUGUUGCAGUGCAUCAAGCCAUUCACACUAUAGAAUACUGCUUAGGCUGCAUCUCAAAUACUGCCUCUUAUCUACGGCUUUGGGCGCUGAGUCUGGCCCAUGCGCAGCUCUCUGAGGUCUUGUGGACAAUGGUGAUGCACAUGGGUCUGGCUUCUAGGAAUUUUGGUGGAUUCUUUGCGCUGUCAAUCAUCUUUGCCUUCUUUGCUACACUGACAGUGUUUAUUCUGUUGAUCAUGGAAGGGCUGUCUGCCUUCCUUCAUGCUCUCAGAUUGCAUUGGGUGGAGUUCCAGAAUAAAUUCUACACUGGACAGGGCUUCAAGUUCAUGCCUUUUACUUUUGACAGCAUUCUGGAGGGCAAGUUUGAAGACUAAACCACACCCACAUUCUCUCCCUCCCCAACUGCCACACCUCCAAACUACAGGAUUUCAUGAUUCUUGUGAACACUGUGACUUUGUAAGGCUCUAAAUUUCUCAGGUGUUCUAGAUCAGGACAUAAAUGGAAUAAUUUACAAGCAGGUAAACUAGAUGUAAAUAGUUGAAGCUGAAAAUAAUCUGAGCUAGAACUGCAUAACGUAUUUGCAAUGAUUUCGUAACUCUUCAAUUCUUGCAGUGAUAUGUAUUGAUGUGUAAUAAUACAAACUCAAGUAGUGUUGCCAUACAGCACACAGGAGUAUGAACAGCAUGUUUUACUCAAUCAAGGCAAAAUAUCAUUACAGUUUCCCUCCCAUUGUAGCAUAGGUGGAGAUUUUGUCUAUAUGUUUUCCAGUCUCUUAAAUUAUUAGAGUUUGUUUUUUAUGUAUCUUUUAUCCUUUAUGUUGACACAUUUACAUAAUAGUUCUCAUGCAAAGGGACCUCAUUUCAAAUGCAGCAAAGAAAGCUUCACUUUAUGGCAUUUCACAAGCUUCUGCCGAGAGGAUAUCCUCAUCAAGCAUAUCUGAUUACUAGAUGCAGAUAAUCCCCCAGAUUUAUUGCAGAUCUUUGCAUUUUUUUGGAAAAUGUAAGUAAAGAGAAAUUAUAUUUUAGUUGGCCUUGAACUGUGUUGCUGUUUUUUGUGUGUGUGUUUAGCUAUUGUGAUUUAAAUGCAAAUACACAUCUAAACUGUUAAUCUCAUGAAUCUGAUGGGUUUUUGAUUGUUGUGUUUACAACAUGAACAUGCAUUGGCUCCUGAAAAAAAAAUCGUUGGUUUGAUAGAUGUCAGAGGGAGUCUUGGAGAAAAUAACUAUACCAAGUAAAAGCAGUAGGUGAAGCUGAAUGAUUAUGUCUGUUUUGCUCGUCAAUAAAGAGCAAAGAGUGGAUCUGAACUCAAUUCUGUUUUUCUUUUUCUUUUUAACAUACA